CGUUGCUCACUCGGCCGUGCCGGCUCCGCUGACUUGCGCGUUGUUCAGUGGGGCUCUGUAUAUGCGGACUUUCCUUCGUCUCAUCACAGCCCCCGGGAGCUGUAUACUUUCAAUGACUUUCAACACACAACAACAAUCUCGACGAAAAUAACACAACAACAAAAAAGACACUGCAGUGGGAUAAGCGCAUCUUCUACGCGCUUGGACAACUUUCCAGCAAAGUUUGGGAAACUUUGCUUAGUUUGUCACUUCCAUUUAACUUGCUGCUUGCAAGACUACUUGACUUAUUAUAAGUGCAAGGCAACAAUAGCGGCAGGGGGUGUUUCUUUUCUUCUUCUUCUUCUUUCUGGAUUUGAUCCGCGCACCAGCCGGGAGUUGCUCUUGAAAACUAGCGAGGCUGCGAUGACGGGCUGCGGUGAUGCCAACCCUGGCACGCCAGUGCCCUCUUAAUGUCCUCCACGGGACUCUCCGGAGGGAUACGCUGCUCUGCCUCCAUCCUCCGUCAUUCCGCUCCGACGUCGGCGAUGCCGUCCACGCCAAUCCUCGGUGGGAGGAAACUUCUGCGCUCCCCUGGACCUUCGGGCGCUGGGACGAUGUCGAAAAUUCGUCCGGUUCGGCGAGGUGGACCGGCUCGCCCCCGAUUCCUGACCCCCUUCGCCUUGGCGCUGCUGAGCGCGACGCUCGGGGUCGGCGGCGCCGGCCAGGGUCGCCAGGUGUUCCGAGUCCUGGAGGAGCACCCGCCGGGCACGUACGUGGGCACCGUCGCGACGAGGGCCCGCUUCACCUACCGCUUCAGCGAGCCGCAGGCGCUCUUCUUCAUCAACGCCAGCACGGGCGUCAUCAGCACGGCCGCGACGAUCGACAGGGAGGCGCUGCCCAGCGACGUCUUCGACCUGGUGGUGCUCUCCAGCCAGCCCACCUACCCUACUGAGGUGCGCGUCGUGGUGGGCGACGUGAACGACAACGCGCCCUCCUUCCCCGAGCCCGGCGUGAUGGAGGUGGCCUUCAAAGAGGAUGCUGCGGUCGGGCGCCAGGUGCUCCUCGACACGGCCGUGGACCGCGACGUGGGUCCCAAUGGAGUCAACCACCAUGCCUACAAGAUCGUGUCUGGCAACGAGGAGGGCAGGUUCCGCCUGGUGGUCACCGUGAAUCCGAGCGGCGAGCGGGCCUUCCUGCACCUGGCCACAACGGGCCCCCUGGACCGGGAGGCAAAUCCCUCGUACGCACUGGCCGUGCAGGCCGAGGAUGGUGGCAGCCCGAGGCGCUACGGCCGCCUCCAGGUCAACGUGACGGUGCAGGACGCCAACGACAACCCGCCGGCCUUCGAGAAGCCGGCGUACCGCGCCAGCGUCGCUGAGGACUCGCCCGUCGGCGCCGCGCUGCUCGCCGUCUCGGCCGCCGACCGCGACGCGGGAGCCAACGGCGAGGUGACCUACUCCAUCGAGGACGAGGACCGCUCGCCGUUUCGCGUGCACCCCAAGACGGGCAUGGUGAGCACCCGCCAGCCGCUAGACUUCGAGGCACGCCGGCAGUACACGCUGAGCCUGCGCGCUGCCGACGGGGGUAACCCACCGCUGAGCGGGCGCGCCACGGCCGUCAUCCAACUCCUGGACGUCAACGACAACGACCCGGCGAUUCGCUUCGUGUACCUUCCGCCCGCGGCCCGCUCGGCCUCGGUGGACGAGAGCGCGGCGCCGGGCACCGUGGCCGCGCUGGUGACGGUGACGGACGCCGACUCGCCCACGGCAAACGGGGAGCUCAGCGUGUCCAUCGUCGGAGGCAACGAGCGUGGGCAUUUCGUGCUGCACGCGCCCGGCGUGCCCGGACUCAGGGUGCUCAAAGUCGCAAGCCAACUGGACAGGGAGCGCAUCCCAAUGUACAACCUCACCAUCCUGGCAUCGGACAACGGGAAGCCCGUGGCCCGUAGUGCCACGGCAAGCCUCGUCGUCUACGUCAACGACGUCAACGACCACGCGCCACGCUUCGCCCUGAGCGCGUACGCGGCCGCGCUUAGCGAGGGAGCGCCCGCCGGGAGCUACGUCAAGGAUGUGACGGCAAUGGACGCCGACUCCGGCCUCAACGCCAAGCUCCGCUACUCGAUCGUCUCGGGCAACGACCUGGGAUGGUUCUCGGUGGACGAGAGCACGGGCCUGGUCACCACGGACGGCAAGGUGGACCGAGAGGUGGCGUCCUCCGUCGUGCUCAAUAUCAGCGCUCAAGACCAAGGAGCCCAGCCCAAGACCGCGUACACCUCCCUAACUGUCACCCUGCUGGAUGUCAAUGACGAACCGCCAUUGUUUACGCAGACAAAAUACGUGGCCACGGCGGUUGAGAAUUCGUUGCCGGGACUGUUUGUCGUCUCCGUGUCGGCGGCCGACAGUGACUUGGGAGAGAACGGCACCGUGCGGUAUAACUUCGACCCGGACAUGCCAGCCCAGUACAGGGAGAUGUUCCGUCUGGAUAGCCUCACAGGCAAGGUGACGACACUCAAGUCGCUCGACCGGGAGGAGCUAGAGGAGUACCCCCUGGUCGUCCAGGCGCAGGACCGCGGCUCGCCACCGCUCGGCUCCACCGCGAAGGUCACCGUUGUGGUCGGCGACCUCAACGACAACCACCCGGUGUUCUACCCGGUGCAGUACUUCGCCAGCAUUCUUGAAAACGAGCCGGGCGGCACGGCCGUGACGACGGUGACGGCGACGGACCCUGACCGCGGCGCCAACGGCACGGUGCGCUACCAGCUCACCGCCGGCGACGCGGCGCGCUUCCAGGUGAACGCCGUCACCGGGGCGGUGAGCACCCGGGUAAGCCUGGACCGGGAGGAGCGCGCCGUUUACCAGCUGCAGGUGACGGCGCUCGACGGGGGUCACCUGCGGGCACGGAGCCCGGCCAUCGUCACGAUAACCGUGGCGGACGCGCAGGACACGCCGCCCACGUUCGCGCGGGACGACUACAGCUUCGUCGUGUUCGAGAAUGUGGCGCCGGGAACCCUGGUGGGAAGCGUGUCGGCAUCGACGCUCGACCUGAACGCCAACGUCACGUACCUGAUCGUGUCGGGGGACCAGCGAGGCUCGUUUUCGAUUGAGUGGUCCGGCGGGCGCAUCUUCACGGCCAACGCCAUAGACCGGGAGGAGCAGGCCUUCUACCAGCUGCGCGUCGUUGCCAACAGCGGAGGGGUGGCCGGCGAGGCCUCCGUCUCCGUCCUGGUGAAGGACCUCAACGACAACCCACCGCGCUUCCAGCAGGCGGUCGAGUACAUCAAUGUGGUGGAGAACUGGGAGGUGGGCCACUCCGUGUACCGGGCAUCGGCAUCGGACCCGGACGAGGGCAUCAACGGUCAGGUGUCCUACUCCCUGAAGAGGAAUCCCCACGACGUUUUCCACAUUGACGGCGAGAGCGGGCACGUCACAUUGUGCGCCGCAGUCGAUGCCUCGGCCGACUCCUACCAAGUGGAAAUUCUGGCCCAAGACAUGGGGACGCCACGGCAGCACUCGAGCGUCGUCCUCACGGUGCAGGUACACGAUGUCAACAACCACGCGCCCGUGUUCGACCGGGCCUCCUACGAGGUCUCCAUCGCCGAGGACGAGCCCGUCAAUUCGAGGUUCUUUUCGGUGCGCGCGACGGACAAGGACUCCGGGAAAAACGGCGAGGUGAAAUACGAAAUCGGCGAGGGGAACGGCGGGGAGAAAUUCGGGAUAUUUCCCGAUGGGCAGCUCUACGUCAGAUACGAGCUCGACCGCGAGACGAGAGAAGAGUAUUCCCUCACAGUCUCAGCCAUGGACACGGGCGUGGAGCCACUGAGCUCCUCGGUCACCGUGAAUGUCACGGUGCUUGACGUGAAUGACAACAAGCCCCUUUUUAACAGCAGCAGCUAUGUUUUCCAUUUCUGCGAAGAGCAGGAGGUUGGCUCCUUGGUAGGAGCUGUGCAAGCCACAGAUGCAGAUGCCGGCAGCAACGGCGGUGUAACGUACUCCUUCGAGAAGCCGCAGGUGAACUUCGAGCUGGACAGCGAGACUGGCAGAAUAGCAAGCCUCCGAGUGUUUGACCGAGAGGCGCUCAUAAGGCAAGGCGGUGCUGCCUCCUUCAGCUUCAGCGUGGUGGCCACGGAUGGUGGCCGCCCAAAGCCGCUGCAAGACCGCGCCACCGUUCAGGUGUUCGUCCAGGACGUAAACGACAACCCGCCGCAGUUCGCCAAAAGCGUCUAUCAGGCCUCGGUGUCAGAGUCGGCGUCCAAUCUCACGCAGCUGCUCCGAGUGACGGCUUCCGACGUUGACGAAGGUGUCAACGGGGCUCUGCGCUACGCCAUCAACGAGGGCAAUGAGGGUGGGAAAUUCACGGUUGAUGCCUCGACGGGUCAGAUCACCCUCCUGGGGUCACUGGACCGGGAAGAGACUGCCUCCUACACCCUGGUGGUGAGCGCCACCGAUUCGGGGACAUCUCCCCUCGCCGCCAGCUGCACCGUCGCCGUUCAAGUUCUGGACGAGAACGACAACCCCCCACGUUUCACCGAAUCGCUCCUGUCGGUGGACGCGUUGGAGAGCACGCGGGUGGGCGAGCUUCUCAUCACCUUGACGGCCAGCGACGAGGACACGGGGCCCAGCGGCGACGUGCGGUACGCCAUUGUGGCCGGCAACACGCACGCCACGUUCGCCAUCGACCGCAGUACGGGCAGCGUGUUUCUGGCACGCCGUCUGGACUUUGAAACGCAGAGGCUCUAUCGGCUGAACGUGAGCGCCGAGGACGGCGGGAGACCACCGCGCUCCUCUGCCACGAUCCUGGUCGUGCACGUCCGGGACUUCAACGACAACCCUCCCGCCUUCCUCCCGGGGGAUGUCUUCGCUUCCAUCAUGGAAAACAUCCCAAUUGGCACACGAGUCAUCACCGUAACGGCCAGAGACCCGGAUGCAGACGUGAACGGCGAACUCCACUACUCUAUCGCACGCCAGUUCCCUCCAGGCGCUCAUUUCACCAUCGACCCGGAGAGUGGCGAAAUUUGCACGGCGGCCGAGAUCGACCGAGAGGUGACGGGAGGCCUCUUUGAAGUCACGGUCAGGGCCACGGACAAGGCCAUUCCCGUCCACACCCGGCGAUCCGCGCUCAAGAACGUCACCGUGCUCGUGACGGACGAGAACGACAAUGCCCCGCGCUUCGUCACACCAACAGCCAUAUUGGUGGACGGCUUGAGGGCGGCUGCAGGGUCCGUGGUGGGAACGCUGCAGGCCUCCGACCCGGACGAGGCUGAAAAUGCCGCCGUGCGCUACGCGGUGACGGGUGGCGAUGCCGCCAUGUUCGCGGUAGACCCGGUCAAGGGCGAGCUGAGGCUGACGGCCUCCCUCACCCCGUCGCGCCUCGUGUACUCGCUCGACGUGGCGGCCUCCGAUCGCGGCGCCGUUAGCAAGUCGACGGCCGGCAAAUUUGUCAUCAUCGUGGGAGGCGACGACGGCAGCGAUGGCGGCGGCGCGAGGAGCUCCAACGACGCGCCGGGUUUCUCGCAGCCAAAGUACCGGGCGGUCGUGCGCGAGGGCGAGCCGGCGGGCACGGAGGUCGUCAAGGUGGAGGUGAAGACGCCUGCCGUCAGGGGAGACAAGCAGAGCGUGGAGUACUUCGUGGUGUCGGCGCGAGCGGACGACGGUAGCCCCGCGGCAAGCUUGUUCCGGCUGGACCGUCGCACGGGCAUCAUAGAGACGUCGACGGAGCUGGAUCGGGAGAGCGGGCACGGCGCCUUCACGCUGGAGGUGGUUGCCGUCGAGGCCAAGGCUGCGUCUCCUAGAACGCAGCGCGCAGAGGUGGAAAUAUCGGUGGAGGACGUCAACGACAACCCGCCGGUAUUUGCCGUGCCGGAGAUGGAGCUGGAAGUGGAGGAGAACACCGGUGAAGGGGAGGUCAUCUUCACCCUGAGCGCCACUGACGCUGACCAGGGCCAGAAUGCGCUGGUGACCUACAGCGUUUUGAGUGGGUCGGAGGGCGCGUUCGUGGUGGACGCCGCGUCGGGCGUCCUGCGGGCGUCCCGUCGGCUGGACCGCGAGGAGAGGGCCUCCUACCUGCUGACGGUGCGCGCCAGCGACGGGACUCACGCCACAGACGCGCGGCUCUCAGUUGCCGUUCGCGACGCCAACGACAACAGCCCGCGCUUCUCCCGCCACGCGUACUCCUUCGACGUGGCCGAGGAUGCAGCCCCAGGCGCGGUGAUCGGCACCGUCCUCGCCGGCGACGCUGACUCGGGCCCCUUCGGCGAGGUGACCUACGCACUGGCGCCCUCGGAGGACAGCGACUGGGCCGACGGGGCCUUCGGCCUGCACCCCGUGACGGGCGCGCUCAACGUGACCCGGCCGCUGGACCGCGAGAGCCGCGCGUGCUACGUGCUGCGGGCCCGCGCCACGGACGGCGGCGGCCUCGCGGCGACGGCGCGCCUCUACGUCAACGUCCUGGACGCCAACGACAAUGCGCCCUCCGUGCAGAACGACUCGCUCGCGGCCGAGGUGCCGGAGGAUGCGCCGCCCGGCACGAGCUUGCUGCGCAUCAGCGCCACGGACGACGAUGAAGGCGUCAACGCCGAGUUGGAGUUCUCCAUCUCCUCCGGCGACCCCGAGGGACGCUUCGCCGUGGGCAACGACGGGCAGCUGAGCGUCGCCCGCGCGCUCGACCGGGAGCGCCAGUCCUUCUACAACCUGGUGGUGCGCGUCAGCGACAGGGCGCGCCACCCGCCUGCCCGCCUCUCCUCCGCCGUCCGUGUCUCGCUCAUCCUCACCGACGUCAACGACAACGCGCCCGCCUUCACGUCGCCCCGCUCGGCGCUCGCGCCCGAGGACAGUCCCGUGGGCGCCGUCGUCGCCACGGUGCAGGCCGUCGACCCGGACAGCGGCCGCAACAGCUACGUGGAGUACGCCCUGGCGACGGACGGGGAGGAGGGCGGCGGUGGGGCGGGCGCUGGGCCGGGACCUUUUGCGCUGAACACGGUGACGGGCGAGGUGCGCCUCGUGCGCGAGCUGGACCGGGAGGCGCGGCAGUCGUACGCGCUGACGGUGCUCGCCGUCGACAAGGGACGGCCGCCGUUGACGAGCACGGCGACGCUCGCGGUGACCGUGGGCGACGCCAACGACAACGCGCCGCGGUUUCCGAGACGCGAGUACGAGGCGGCGAUCGCGGAGGACGAGCCCCCCGGCACGGAGGUCCUGCGGUUGUCGGCGUGGGACCCGGAUGAGGGGGCCAACGGCGAGCUGCGGUACGACAUCGCGUCGGGCGACCCCACGGGGGACUUCCGCCUCGACCCCGUGUUGGGCACCCUGGCGGUCGCGCGGCCGCUCGACCGCGAGCGCACCGCUUCCUACGAGCUGGCGGUCCGCGCCCGGGACGGGGGCGGCCCAGCGCGCUCCGACACGGCCUCCGUCCGCGUGACGCUCAGCGACGUCAACGACUGCUCGCCCGCCUUCCAGCUGUCGCCGUACACGGUGCACGCGCGCGAGAACACCCAGGGACCGCCGGUGCUCAUCCUGCAGGUGGUUGCCAGGGACGACGACCUGGGAUCCAGUGGCCAGGUGACGUAUGCAGCUGCCGGGGGCAAUGACGGCGGAGCGUUCUCGGUGUCGCCCGACGGGCACGUCCACCUCCUGCGCAGCCUGGACCGGGAGGCUCAGCCGCAGCACGUGCUCAUCAUCACUGCCACUGACGGUGGCGAGCCCCGACUCACGGGCACCGGCACAGUGACCGUGCUGGUGGAGGAUGAGAACGACAACCUGCCGAGGUUCGGCGCCACCGAGCUCCGGGCCGCCGUGCCGGAGGACGCGCCCAUCGGCUCCGACGUCGCGCUCGUCAACGCCACGGACGCCGACGCCGGACUUAACGCCAUCAUCAGCUACCGACUGAGGGGUGGCGACGGGCACUUCUCCGUGAACCCAUCCACGGGGCAGAUCAUCACGACGGCCAGCCUGGAUCGGGAGGGCCGCGAGAGCUACGUGCUGGAGGUGACGGCGCUGGACGGGGGCCCCACCCCGGGCCUCUCCAGCUCCGCCACGCUCGUCGUCGCCGUCACCGACGUCAAUGACCACACGCCGCGGUUUCUCAAUGCCCCCUACGUGGCCUACGCGCCCUCGUCCGCUCCGGCCGGAACUGCGGUGUUCGCCGUCACCGCCCGCGACGCAGACGCCGGCCCCAACGGGGAUCUCCGCUUCUCGCUGAGCGGCUCGGCCUCGGCCGGCUUCUCCGUGGACCCCCGGCGGGGCGUCAUCCACGCCGCCAGGGCCCUGCAGGGCCCCCGGGAUGACCUUACGCUGACGGUGCGCGUGUCGGACGGCGGCGCACCACCCAGGUCUGCCGUCACCACCGUCACCGUCCGCUUCCGCGACGCCGGCGAGUUCCCGCGCUUCGCGCCCGGCCCGAGGUCCUUCUCAUUUCGCGAGGACCAGCCCCCCGGCACAACCAUCACGGUGGUGGCGGCCAGGUCAAGUCGGCGUGCGGGGCCCGUGUCCUAUCACCUGGCCAGCGGGGGGAACCUCGGCGACGUUUUCGCUGUCGAUCCACAGUCCGGGGAAGUGUCCGUUCACCGUGCUCUUGAUCACGAGUACCAGCAUCACUAUGAGCUUGUGGUAGAGGCGAGGGACUCGGGCUUCCCUCCAUUUUCCGCCUACCUCAAGCUGGAGGUGGACGUCUUGGACAUCAACGACAAUGCUCCCGAGUUCUCUUCAUCGAGAUUUUGGGCCAAGGUGCCGGAAAACACGCCCCCCAGAACCAUCGUCGUCCUUACAGCGGUGGACAAGGACUCGGGAAUAAAUGGGCAGGUCGAUUACAGCAUUAUCGAUGGCAACAUUGGAAACGUGUUUCGCGUCAACCCCAACUCCGGCGAGAUAAGGUCAGUUUCUACGCUGGACCGGGAGAACGUAGCAAGCUAUGAGCUCACCGUAAAAGCCACCGACAGAGGAUCUCCAACUCAACAUUGCACUGUGAAAGUGCUGAUAUCCGUCACCGACGAAAACGACAACUCGCCCCGCUUCACGCAAAUCUUCAGCGCCCACGUGCGAGAGGACGCGGCGGUCGGCUUCCCAGUGCUGCGCGUGAGCACGUUGGAUGCGGACGAGGGACCCAACGCCGCCAUCACAUUCUCGCUGCUCGACCCCAGCCUCCCAUUCUCCAUCCACCCAAGCACGGGGGAGAUCACCGUCAGCCGGCGGCUGAAUCGCGAGGACCGCUCCGGCUACGCCGUGAAAGUCCGUGCGAGCGACCCGGCCUGGACGGUCAGCACGGACGUCACCAUCGUCGUCGACGACGUCAACGACAAUGCGCCGCGCUUCGGCCAGACGGCCUACUACAUCGAGUUCCCGGAGCCGUCCGAGGGCGAGGCCCUCGUCGCUCGAGUCUCGGCCUCUGACGCGGACGACGGCGCCAACGGCCAGGUCUUUUUCUUCAUGAGGUCGCAGACGGAGAACUUUCGCGUGGGCCGCGAUUCGGGAGAGAUCCACAGCGUGCGCCCGCUCCGCUACAGAGACCCGGCGGGCGGCGGCAGCGGGGCGAACCUCAACAAGUACAGCUUCGUGGUGACCGCGAUGGACCGGGGCAGGCCCCCCCUCUCCAGCGAUGCCACGGUGACCAUCAACAUCGUCGUGCCGAACGCCAACGCGCCCCGGUUCCUACGCGAGCGCUACUCCACGCCCGUCGCCGCCACCGUCCGCGCGGGCACGAGGAUUUUCGACAUGAGCGCGGUCGACCCGGACAGGGACGUCAACGGUCAAAUCGCCUACUCCGUCGUGGGAGGGAAUGCGUCGCGCCGCUUCGACGUGGACGCCGGCGGAUUCCUGCACCUGUGCGCCUCGCUCGCCGGCGACGCGGGGUCCAUCUUCAGCGUCACCGUGGAAGCCAGGGACAGGGGCCGUCCGCCACUCUCCUCGCGGGCCACGGCGAUCAUCAGCGUGACGGAGGAAAACCAGUACGCGCCACGCUUCGCCCACCCGCCGCUGGAACUCAGCCUUCCGGAGAACCACCCGGCGGGGUCGUCGCUCGCGCGGGUCACCGCGACGGACACGGACGCCGGAGUGAACGGGGCGAUCGUCUACUCGAUCGCAAGCGGGGACGGCAGCGGCCUGUUUGACAUCAGCCGGGCGAGCGGGGACAUCCUGCUCGUGGGCGAACUGGAUUACGAGACGGAGAAGCUCUACAACCUCAGCGUCUGUGCCGCGGACGGUGGCUGGCAAGCGAAGACUGAGUGCAGCGGGGUGAGCAUCUCGGUCACGGACGUCAACGACAACCCGCCGAUGCUGAACGCAUCGGACUACUACCCGGUCAUUCCAGAAAACGCACCGAGUGGAACGACAGUUCUCGUCAUGGACGCCGUCGAUGCCGACUCACCAAGCAACGCUGUGACAAUGUACAGCCUGGAUGAUGGGGAAGCAGAUUUAUUUGUUCUCAAUCAGAAAACAGGUGUUCUCACCACCCAGGGCUUCCUCGACUACGAGACAAAGCAGACGUACGAACUGACGGUUCGGGCUUUUAAUUAUCCGGAUACAUUCCACUACAGCACGGCACAGGUGCACGUGCAGAUCACAGGUGUGAACGAGUAUUUUCCAAGGUUCGUGCAGCGGGAGUACAACUUUGUUGUGUCCGAGUCAGCGCCGGUGGGCGCGCCGGUGGGCUCGGUGUUCGCCACGGACCGUGACGCCGGGAUCGACGGCACGGUGUUCUAUAUGCUCUUCGGCGAAAGCCGGAGCAAGGGCUUCUCCGUCAACGAGCACACGGGGGAAAUCAUCGUCUCGUCCCAGCUGGAUCGCGAGAGGGAAGCCUCGGCGACGCUCCGGGUCAUCGCCAAAAACGCGGGAAGCAUCCGCGGCUUCGACGUGGACGAGGUUCUCGUGAAUGUGGCCAUCACCGAUGCCAACGACCCGCCCGUGUUUUCGUCAGCGCUCUACCACGGGCGCGUGAGCGAGGCGGCGAGCGUCGGUACCCACGUGGUCGGCGUCAGCGCCCACGACUUCGACUCGCCGCCCGGCUGGAGGACCUUCUCUUUUCUGAUCCAGAGCGGGAAUGCGGGACGGGCGUUUUCGAUCAACGCGCACACCGGCCUCAUCGUCGUGGCUUCCCCGUUGGACCGCGAAUCCGUGCCGCUGUACAACCUCACCGUGGUCGCGGUGGACAUGGGCGAACCCCCGGCGACUGGCACCACGGUGGUCGUUGUGGCGCUGGAGGACGUCAACGACAACGGCCCCUUCCUGUUGACCUCGUCAGCCAAGGUGACGGAGAACCAGCCUGCGGGGAUGACGGUUCUCAACUUGGAAGCAGGUGACCCAGAUCUUCCGCCAAACAAGGGACCGUACACCUUCCAGCUCCUCGGUUCUGACCCAGCCUGGCGCGGCUACUUCAGUCUGAGCUCUAGUGGGCUGCUCAAGACGGCGCGUCCAAUUGACCGAGAACAGAAACCGGAAUUUCACCUGCCGGUUGCGAUCGCUGAUGCCGGUUCGCCGCCACUAACCUCCACUGUCACGCUUCACCUGUCCGUGCUUGACCAAAAUGACAACCCGUCGGAGGCCCGCGACGUGCGCGUGCACGUCAAUUACUUCGGCAGCCCCUUCCCGGGCGGUUUUAUAGGCGACGUCCGACCCAGGGACCCGGACAUCUCCGACAGAUUCAACUGCGAUCUGACGUCUGGCCCGUUCAACGUCUUCAGCUUCCAGCCCAACACCUGCCGUCUCAUUUCACAGCCGCGCUCGGCCGAGGGGCGCUUCGAGCUGAGCGUGCGCGGCAGCGACGGCAAGCACUCGCCGGCCACCACCACCGCCCGUGUCAAUUUUGGCUCGUUCUCCAAUGCCACGCUGGAGAGCAGCGUGCUGCUUCGGCUGUCUAGGCCCAAGACGCCCAGGGAGUUCAUCGGGCAGUACCUGCGGGAUUUCGUGCAGGCGUCGGAUGCUCGCCUGGGCAGUCAGGCGGCGAGCGUGCAGCUGUACGCCGCCUUCGUUUACGGGAACGCCACUCACCUGCUGCUGUCGGGGCGGCACACGGGCGGAAGGUACCUGAGCUCCGACAUCCUCGCUGCUUUCUUCGCCUCCAACUCGGACGCCAUCCAGCGGCAGAGCGGCGUAGUCGUGGACGCGGCGAACGUCGACCCCUGCGCCGCGCCGUCUCCCUGCGCCAACGGCGGCCACUGCGCCAAGCGCCUGGCCGUGGGGCCCACGACGACGGUCGUAGAGAGCGCCUCGGUCAUUCUGGUGUCGCACGAGGUCCUCGAACCGGCAGUUUGCACCUGCACCGCAGGCUACGCUGGGACCUGGUGCGAGGCCGACAUGGACGAGUGUCUGUCAACGCCCUGCCGGCACGGUGGCUCCUGUCAAAACCUGCCAGGUGGUUUUGCGUGCCGCUGCCUGCCAGGGUUUUCCGGGACAGCAUGUGAGACGGACGUGGACGAGUGCCUGGAGGGACCAUGCCAGAAUGGGGGUCUGUGCCACAAUACACAGGGAGGCUUCGCCUGCGACUGUUCUGCGGGAUUUUCAGGCAAAAUCUGUGAUGUGACGGUGGACAACUGCGCUUCGUCUCCGUGCUACAACAACGGCUCUUGCGUCAACACCGCCACUGGAUACUCAUGCCGAUGCCCGUUUGGCAUGAGCGGUGCGCGCUGCGAGCUGACCAGCUACGGUUUCUCGGAGCUCUCCUUCCUCGAGGUCCCGGCGCUCGACGGCCGCAGCAACGUCCUCGCCGUGGAGUUUGCCACGACGCGGCGCCACGGCCUGCUGCUCCUCACUCACGGCGCGCUCUCGCCGGGCACGGCCGUCGCUCCUGAUGCCGAGUUCCUGGCUCUGGAGGUGCGCGACGGACGCGUGCGCUUCUCCUACAACCUGGGCCAGGGCGCGGUGCACAUGGAGACCGCCCAGCCGGUGGCCGAUGGACAUUUCCACACGGUUAUAGCCAAGCGCUUUGGAGCGGCCGGGUCGCUCGCUGUGGACGACUGCCCGGAGAAUUCGGUGGCCGGUUACUGCUCGACCAGCAGCCCUGGCACUGGGUCAGCGCAGACGCUGGACGUGCACGGUGGCCGCGCGUGGGCUGGUGGGGUGGCCUCGCUCCUGCCCCUGCUGCCGCUGAUCCGGCGCAGCGGAAUAUCGCACGACUUUGUCGGCUGCGUGCGCGAGUUCAGCAUCAACGGCGCCCCGCUGCAGCCCAGCCAGGCGCUCACCGCCAGCGGCGUCCUGGACACGUGCCCACGGCUGGAGGGGGCCUGCCGAGCGCGGCCUUGCCUCAGUGGGGCCACCUGCCUUGACAUGUGGUCCUCCCAGUUGUGCGUCUGCCCCGAUGGCUUCACGGGAGACCUCUGCGAGAAACGCAUUUCGGAGGACACGGCGCUGGGGUUGGAUGGCUCCGGCCGUCUGGACUACGUGGUUCGCGAGAGCUACCGUCGCGAUCGCCUGCUCGCCCCUUCCUCGAAUGGCGGGCGGGCCAGGCGCGCUUCGGGCGACGGCGGCGGCGGCGGCGGCGGCGGCGGCGACGAGCGUGGCGCGGCCGCCAAAAGGGGCGGGCGUCCCGGCAAGGCGGCGGCGGAGACGGCGGGCGGUGAGGCGGAGUCCAGCUUGGAGGUCACGUUCCGUACGCGGCGACCCGAGGGCGUGCUGCUGCAAGUUCGCGAGACUGGAAAUCACACCACGAUCAAGCUCGUGGAGGGGCGGCUGGUGUACGUGUCGGACGCGGGGGCCACGGGCCGCGUGGAGCGACGCUUCUCGGAGGAGACGGUGGACGACGGCGAGUGGCACGUGGUUCGGGCGAUGAGGCGUGGGCCGUCGCUCGUUCAGCUCGCGCUCGACAGCCAGGCACCCAGGGACGUCACCCAGCCCACGCACGACUUCAGUGGCCCAGCCGUGGCUUCCUUCUCGCUCGGGGGCCUGCCGUACCAGCCCUCGUCUUCACCGUUAGCGCGCGGGAAAGAGCCAGGUUUCAGCGGCUGCGUGCUGGAAUUCAAGUACAACGGGAUGAGUAUGCCGUUCUCGGGCGGCAGCCCCGUGGCGGACGCGGUUCCCAGCGACAGCGGAGGCGCCCUGCGCAUCGGCUGCCGGGGCCCGGACGUGUGCGCAGAGGCGCGGUGUCCGCCCGGCCUGCUGUGCGUCGACCGCUGGCACGCCCACGCCUGCGUCCCGCCGGGCGAGUGCUCCAGGGAGCCCUGCCAAAACGGCGGGCGCUGCUCGCCGCUUCCCGCCACGGGCGGUGCGCGUGGCUACGGUUGCCACUGCCCGGCGGAGUACGCCGGGAGGGACUGCGAGGUGCCCGCCGUUUGCGUCGCGGCCAAAUGCCCCGCGGAGCACGUGUGCCGCGCCGACGGCGCCGGCCGCCGCUGCGAGCUCGUCGAGAGGGCCGCCUUCCCGUUCUGGGCGGCGAUGGUGAUCGCCGCCGUCGGCGCGCUCUUCCUGCUGCUGACGAUCCUCCUCGUCGUGCUGCUCGCGUGCCGCCGUCGCAAGGCCGGGAGGAUGAAGGAGAAGGAGGACGGUGGCCAGGCGAAGCAACAGCAGCAGCAACAGCAGCACCAGCAGAAGAAAAAGAAAAACAAAGGCAGCGAGAAUGAGGCUUUCAACUCGGGAGACAAUCUGCCACCGUAUGGCGCCGACAGCCCCGAGCGCAAGCUUGGCCAUGAGACUCACGUGGCGAAGCCGGACAUAAUCGAAGGGGAAACUCCGUACCUGAUGGCUGACGAGACGGAUAUUGGCGAGGGCGAGGAUGAGGAGAGGGGGAUGCGCCUCCGAUCCAUCAGCACCACACCCGACAAUGAGCUGGAGCAUUACGACAUCGAAAACGCCAGCAGUAUCGCGCCGUCGGACGCCGACGUGGUGCAGCAUUACCGCCAGUUCCGGCCUCACAGCUACGGUAACAAUCCUGCACCCGCCGCACCCUCCCGCUUCUCCCUGUCCUCCCGGCACCCGACAGCUACCUGCCCACUGCAGCCGCUCUUGCCCCUGCACUCAUCCGGGCUGUACGGCUCGUCGCGGCCUCUCCCUCUCAACACGGUUGGUGGCAGGCAAACGCCGGUGCGUCAAAGCCCAAUAUCCGCCCCCUCGUUCCUCAAAGCGGGGAGCUCGCUGCGCGGCAGCCCGGCACCGCGAGACUAUCCCCUCGCAGGCUGGGACGGCGCCAACGCGAGCGGGAUGGCGGCCUUCCCCGUGGGCUACACGGGGAGGCGGAGCAAGAGCCCCCUCUCGGCCUGCGCAGGCCGUCCACCCAGCCGCAUGCGGCUGGAAUCGCCAGGAGUGGGCGAGAUGGCGGGUCCCCCCGUCGGGCUCUCAUUGGAGGAGGUGGAGCGGCUGAACGCGUCGUCCGUGUCGGAAGUGCGGAGGCCGCGGAACACGGCCAGCCUGGCCAGCACGGCCGAGGCCUGCUCGUCGUCCGACGACAACAACGGCGGGGGAGGCCUCGUGGGUGGGGGCUGUCGCUUCCGGGCGCGCCCGCUGUCCCGGACUCUCCGCGGUCACCACCAGGGAGCGUCCGACUUCCCGCCGCCCUCAGCGGGGGACAGCUCCUCAUCGGAGAGCGAGUCGCACGACUCGUUCACGUGCUCCGAAUUUGAAGGCGAGCGGGAGAAGCCGAUGACGUUCGCCCCGCGCCCGCUGCGCCUGGGGCAGCUCUCCGAGUACAACUUCGGGGGGGACGUCGGCGAAGGGGAUGACGGCGAGGAUGCGGAAGGAGAGGAGGAGGAAGACGAGAACAAGAACGCGGCCACCUUGCUGAGGUCCCGCCGGCAGCGCCAGUCUGACGGUGCCAGCAAGGGGAAGGGCGCCAAGCCGUUGGCCGUGCCGCCGGCCUUCAACUGGGAGGCCGUGCUUAACCUCGGCCCUAAUCUUGACCACUACAUGGAGGUGUUUGUGGACCUGGCAAGCCUCUCGGCCGUAGAGAACCAGGGAAAUGGAGACGCUGUCAAUGAUGCGUCGAAUGAAGAUACGCAAAAUAAAAAUGUUGACCAAGAGGAGUAUAUUUGACGUUUUAACGUUUUUCACUCGCGUUAAAAAUGUUUUGUUUUCGUAUGAAGUUUGUGCCAAACUGAAAGCUGCUGCUGCUGCUGACGGUUUUCUGCUUUUCAAGAAAGACCAUCAGCUGCCUGGCAAGCACGACAUGUCCGUGAAUUUCUGGUAUAAAAAGCGGUUUUUAAUGGUGUUUCUAUGCAGGUGUGUAGAGCGUUCCUUUUUCUUUUUUAAACAAUGACAACGGAAAUUUUUAAGCGUUGGGAAGUUAUUUGCAUAUGUGUAUACGAAUUGGUGUGCAUCAGGUGUAUCUAGAUAGCUGUGUAAAUGGAUCAAGAGAAGUGUUUAAGGCAUAUUCAAACAAAUUCCAAAGCUUGAAGGGUUCACAAUUCAAAAGCAAUAACGAUUGCACGUAUUUAACAAAUACCACUUACAGUGUUAAACAAUAAAGCAAUAAGCAUAUUUUCAAGUUUUCAUAUUGUAAUUUAUUGUUCUGCAUUGGUGACCCAACAGCUGUAGUAAAGCGGCCAUCAAAGUACGACCUAGGGACCAGUCUCUGAACUAAGCAGCCUCUUGUAUGUGGAAGACUUUUAUCAUGUUUGUGCUAAAUCCCAGGACGUCUAAGGUCAGAAUUCUUAUUUAUUUUUUCAAUAAAGGGAGAACUUGCAAAUUUGACAAGCAACCCGCUAUCGUGUUGGCGACAUCACAGAGAGGACGGUGCUCGUUCCUGAGUGCAGACUUCAUGGGACACGUCGCACGUGAAACAUUGCCCCUUCCCGUCGCGUUGUUCGACCGGCAACAUUCAACGUGUCCGCUCUUGACGAGAUAAAUGCAAUGGCCGAUUAACGGUUACAACUCCUCCAUCGCAAUACACACCACCAAAUGCGCUAUGUCGAAUUGAAAGUAACACGAAAAAAAGCACUACAUUUUUGCGCAAAUAAUCUGCUUGAUAUACGUUGGUACGUGAGAUCAUUGUCUUGGGGGUUGAAUCCAGCCGUCGUUCAUUAAGCUGUAAGUGUGCCCAUUAAACGAAACUAAUUACCACUUGGCAGGGACUUACAAAAAAAAA